GUGCGAUUUCAGAACAAACUAAAAGGAUUUCGCCUUAUCUUGUCCCAUAUUAUGUCCUCGGAAGUGGUGGAUCCUGUUGAGCAAAUGCUGAAGACCACCGGUUGCAUCAACCUUCAUCACAAAGUGCAGGAGUGCAUCGCCGGAACCGGGGACUGGCGGCUGUGCCAGGAGGUAGUGCGAGAGUUCAAAGCGUGCAUGCAAGACUACACGGACAAGCAGCGGGCAAAGUACGCGGGGAAAUGAGGGCCUUCCGUACGCUGCUCGCUGCC